AUGUCUGUCGCACACCAGCCUCUGGAUCCCGAGGUCAUCCCUCGUCUCGAUCCCGACUACGUGAAGUUCCAUGAGGAGGUGUUGCAGUACAUCGUCCCACCGCAUACGCUGCCUUGGUCGCCAGAGAUCCGCAAUGCGCCAGCUGUCCCGGGCAGCUCAGCUGUGCUCGAUUGCGACAUCAAGGACUAUCCGCUCUCACACACUAGCGUUCGUUCUUUCACGCCGAAGGGCACGCCACCCACGGAGGGAUGGCCGGUGUUCCUCUUCUAUCACGGCGGUGGGUGGACGCUUGGUAGCAUCAACAGUGAGAAUGCAUUCUGCAGCAACAUGUGCGUUCGGGCGAACUGCGUUGUCGUAUCGGUGGACUACCGACUCGCGCCCGAGCACCAGUACCCGAUCGCUGUCCAGGAUACUGUUGAGUCUAUCCAAUGGGUACACUCGAAGGGCAAGGAACUCUUAAACAUCAACCCUAACAAGAUUGCUAUCGGUGGUUCUUCCAGCGGUGGAAACCUCGCCGCCAUCGGCUCUCUAAAAGCCAGCCAACUUGAUCCCCCUAUCCCCAUUGUCUUCCAGCUCCUCAUUGUUCCUGUCACGGACAACACCGCUUCAGAGACGAACGAUAGGCAAAAGUCGUGGAAGGAGAACGAGAAGACGCCGUGGCUGGGCCCUGAGCGCAUGCACUGGUUCGUCAACAACUACCUCCCGAACAAGGAGGAUUGGACGAAGUGGGACGCGUCCCCCAUCUUCGCGCCGGAUGAGCUGGCAGCCAAGUCGCCGAAGACGUGGAUUGCCGUGUGCGAGAUGGACAUCCUGCGCGACGAGGGCAUUGCGUACGGCGAGAAGCUGAAAAAGCUCGGCGUCGAGGUGGAGACGAAGGUGUACAAGGGCGCGCCGCACCCUAUCAUGGCCAUGGAUGGUCGCUUGCCAAUCGGGGCGCAGAUGGUUACAGACGCUUCGGAAGCCCUUACGAAAGCUUUCAAGUAA